AAGAAGGGAAGGGUAGCUGGUCUUGAAAGCUCAUGCGCUUGUGGCAGCAGUGCUCAAGAAACUAGAAACAAAAAAAAAAAACUCUCGACUCUAUAUAUCGCUCCCAUCUCUUCUAUUUCCUUCGCUUUUCUCUCUCACUCUCUUUCUUCUCAACCUCACCAACACAGCACACCCUCGUGCGAGAUUAUUUCUUGCGGUUGCGCCGAUCUAUUCACAGGUCACAAAAAUAAAAAAUCAGGUACUGCAGGCUGUGAAAGCUAGAUACUAAUUAGAUCGCCCAUUCGAAGAAGAAAGAGAAACCAUAGUACUACUUCUAAUUUUAUUAGGGAUUUGAUCUUAAUAUAAUAUGAUUUGACGAUUUAAUUAACCGCAGAAGUUGCCUUGGUGUGUGAGGGACAAGAGAGAGAGAAAGAAAAGGAGAGAGGGAUCGGAAAAGAUGUCAUCAUCAUCGAAUUCGCCGUGCGCGGCGUGCAAGUUUCUGAGGCGAAAGUGCACGCAGGAGUGCGUGUUCGCACCGUACUUUCCGCCGGACAACCCUCAGAGGUUCGCUUACGUGCACAAGGUUUUCGGGGCCAGCAACGUGGCCAAGCUUCUCAAUGAACUCAGCGCCUCGCAGCGAGACGACGCCGUAAAGUCCCUCGCUUACGAGGCCGAGGCGCGUCUCAGGGACCCCGUCUACGGCUGCGUGGGCCUCAUCUCCGUCCUACAACACAGGCUCAGACAGAUCCAGGUGGAACUCAACAAUGCAAAGAAGGAACUCGCAACAUACAUCGGUCCCCAAGCUUUUCAAGGCUUACCAGCCCCCAUUCUCCAGCAGCACCCAAACAACCCUUUUUCCGGUUCCCUGUAUGGCAACAUGGCGGGCGUGACGGCAGCCAGUCACGGCGGGCAGCUGAUGAUUCGCGACGGCCAGUCGCCGCAGCAGCAUCAGAUCUUGGAGGCCCAGCAGUUGGCUGCGGCUGUGGCGGCGAGGGAGCAGCAGGAGAUGUUCAGGAGUUACGAGCAUCAACAGCAGCAGGAGUUCCUUCGGUUCAGUGGUGGGUUCGAUGUGGGUUCGGCUUCUUCUGCUGGUGGGUUCAGCCAGAUAUCCCCAGCUGCUGCUUCCGCUGAUCAGUUGUCUCCUUCGUUGGCUUUGGGAUCCUUCGAUAACGCUUAUCACAUGCAGCAGCCACAGCAGGGAGAGCCUCAUCCUCACAACAUUCCUUUCGAGGCUCAGCUUCUGCUCCCUCCACAGCAGAAGCAAUCGCCGCAACACACCCAGCAGUCCCAACUCCCCUUUCACCAGCCACAGUCUGAAAGCGAGGAUUGUAAGAGUCUUGGUCCAUCCUGUUGAUUUCCAAUUUUGCAGCUACGAGCCUCCGUGCUUUUCCUCCAACAAUUUUCAGCCUAGUUCUUACCUGCCGGAUAUAAAUGGAUAGUAAGAGAGAUAGAGAGAUACAAAGCAGACAUGCGAGAUUCAUAAUCCGCUUCGGUUUGCUUAGCUUUGAAAGGAGACUACCAAGCUAGACACAAUUUUAGAAAGUAAGAUCUUCACUGAUCUUAAGGAUCUGUUGUUUUUCCUUCUUUCUUCCUUUUUUAAACAAAUUUAAAGCAGUAGCUAUAUUUCAUUUCUUUUCUUUUUGUCAAAAACUAAAUUGUAAAUCAGAAUUCAGAAUGUUUUUUUUUUAAAAGUCUCAUCUAUCGUGUUUGUCAAAUCAUUUCUAUCACAGUUAGAUUUAUUGUAGUUUAGGUAUGGAAGAAAUAUUUGGAACACAAUAACUAUU